UUCCCCACGCUCUCCCCUACCAAUAGCACGAACGCGAAAACGUUUUAAUUUUUUAGCCUUCUGCCAUAAUUUCCAUAAUAAUUGCCUUGCGUUUGCCAUUGAAAUGGACUAAUCUAAUCAAUAACUCUCCAUGCAGUGGAACGAGCUAUUCCCACCCUCCCAAUUCCCACUCCACAAGAGGAAGCCACUGUACCCACACUGUGGUCAUAAUUAUACACGUCGCCUGCCGUCGGGCGAUGUUGUUGUUUUUGUUUGCAGUAAAAGACGUUGCCGGGGGCUCUCAUAAAGCCGUCAAACAUGGCAGGCAGGCAGGACACACGGGGACCUCCUGCACGGAAGCGAAAAAUCCAAUAAAAAUCCAAAUGUAUGUGUGAAUAAUUUUUGAGGCUUGCGUGCCGUCGUCGCCGCCGUCGUCUUGGCUAACUUUAGUUUACAUUCGACCCUCGUGAAUGCCAGUAGCCCAGCAAUGUCCAAUUCCAGUACGAAACAGCAGCUGAAUCCCCGCGCCAAUGUAUUUAUUUUGGUCAACCUGGGCUGCGAGAUGCUCUAUGUGAUUGAUCAGCGCCUGAAGGCACAACAAAUCGCCAAGGACAAGUCGGUUCAAGUUAUCCACGAUGUGACUGCAGUACUGCUGGAUCCCAAGUUCAUAGACUCCCUGCUGAAUGGCUCCAAGCACACCAACGCCCAGCUCCUGACCGCCGAACACUGCAAAUUCAUGCUGAACGAUAUUGCCACCUGCUCCGUGAUGCGCAUCGACGAACAGUCCAUGGGCAAGCUGUGGAGCCUGAUGACCAUGCUGUACAAGUGGCAGCUAUUUGUGUCCCGGCACCAGCACCAUUUGCUCGAGAUAACCUUCAGACACUUGGACGCCAUUAACAAGCUGUAUCCUGAUGCCAAGCGCCACAUGCUGAUUGACUUCACCAAGAACACUCUGCUGGACUUUUGGAAUGGCAGCGGGGAGGAGGCGCAGCUGUCCAUUUACAGCACCAACAAGGCCUGGCUGGAGUGCUUCAAUACGAAAAUAUCACUGCUGAUUCGUCUGGGUUUCCAGGGCAUGGACGGCAGCUUCUUCAAGGACGUGGAUCAGGAGUACUUCGGAGAUUAUGUCCAGACCAUUGGCGACAACAUGUACGUGAAGAGCGAGGAGCCGCAUCAGCAGGCAGGGCGGGAGCCCAACCGCAUAGACCAACUGGCUGCCCAGCUAAACAUCAAUCCAUCAAUCAAUGAAGGCGAGGAUCUGCAGCCGAUUAAUGCCCGCCAAUUCCAGGAGCAGUUUGAGCAGACAUUCGGCAAUGUUCUCCUCGAUGAGGGCCAUUCAGCGACAGGCUGCGAGUUUGUCCAGCUGCAGCCGGCUGGGUCAAGCACGGAAGCCCACAGCCGUGCUGGCGACUCCAUACUCAAUCAGAAUCUCAUCGACUUGUACAGCAAAAUGGCUUAGAAAUAACUUGGAAGAGAUAUUUACAAUUAAAAAAUAUUGUAUUUUCUCAUUUAGUGGGUGUUUUUGCUUCGUUUUGUUUUUUGUUUUGUAAAUUAAUUAUAUAAACUUGUUGCGGUUUUAUGGAUUCUGUUUUUUGUAUCUCUUUUUAGCAGGCUUUGAGUGAAUGUUUUCAUUUUGAGUCAAAGACAAAUAUCAAGAACAAC